AAGUUCAGUGCAUAUGCUAUCAUAUCUCAUUUUUUAUUUAUUUAUGUACAUGUAUAAAUUAUAAGUUAGUUUGAAUAGCUCGUCUCAGCUGGACUGCAAGCGGCGCUGGACAGUCUCCUUCCCACCGCGAGGACCUGCAUUGGGACAGUCUUGGUGUCUAGGUAGGCAACUCCCUAGAUUUUGAGACGCAGCCCUCGCUCGUAUUCAUUCAGUGAGGGUCCUCCCCUCAGGAAUACGACAAAGGCUGCAAGUCUGCAUCGAAACGAGGCAUGGUCUAGCGUGAAGAGCUGCAGCCCAUCCACCACAUCCAGAUCCAGCACAGCAGAGCACAUGAUUCUCUUCUCCUGUUCUUAAAACCAUCAUAGCAUCCUCUAGAAGAGAUGACAAGCCAUUAGAUGUGUGCUUUCAUAUCGACUGUGCUCAUCGGAUACACGCGCACAAAGAUAUACUACAGCUCCAGGUGUUGACAUGGAGCUGGAGCAUUUCGACGAACGGGACAAAGCACAAAGAUACAGCCGUGGGGGUUCACGUGCGAACGGCCUGCCGAGCCCCACGCACAGCGCCCACUGCAGCCUGUACCGAACCCGGACCUUACAGGCUCUGAGCUCCGAGAAGAAAGCCAAGAGGGUCCGGUUCUACCGCAAUGGAGACCGGUACUUCAAGGGGAUUGUGUACGCUAUUUCCACCGAAAGAUUCAGGUCUUUCGAUGCUCUUCUCGCAGACCUCACCCGCUCCCUAUCAGAUAACAUAAAUCUGCCUCAGGGCGUCCGGACCAUUUAUGCCAUUGACGGGUCGAGGAUUACCAGCAUGGACCAGCUGGUGGAAGGGGAGAGUUAUGUAUGUGGAUCAAUUGAACCUUACAAGAAUCUGGAAUACACUAAGAAUGUCAAUCCCAACUGGUCAGUCAAUGUCAGGACCGCAGCAUCGGCACGAUCGCCCACCUCUCUGGCCAGCGCCAAGCCUGGUUCUGUGGAAACCAAGGAUAACAGGGAUUUCAUCCGACCCAAACUGGUAACCAUAAUCCGCAGUGGGGUAAAGCCUCGGAAAGCCGUGCGUGUCCUUCUCAACAAGAAGACAGCCCACUCGUUUGAGCAGGUUCUCACGGAUAUCACAGAUGCCAUCAAACUGGACUCUGGAGUGGUCAAGAGGCUUUAUACAGUGGAUGGUAAAAUGGUGACAUGCCUUCAGGACUUCUUUGGCGAAGAUGAUAUAUUUAUUGCCUGCGGCCCAGAGAAGUUCCGCUAUCAGGAUGACUUCCUGUUGGAUGAGAGUGAAUGCAGAGUGGUGAAGUCGCAGUCCUAUGGCCGUAUUUCUUCAAUGCAGGGCCGCUGCUCUCCCCGUAGUGGUGGACCGUCAAGAAGGAGCAAGUCCCCUGGUUCCAGUAGCUCAGCUAAUGGAACAGCAGGUAGUCAGCUGUCGACUCCACGGUCAGGCAAAUCUCCCAGUCCAUCUCCCACCAGUCCAGCCAGUCUGAGGAGACGAAGGGGCUCUCAGCACAGUGGCUCCUCUCUCUCUCUGGCCUCCACCAAGGUGUGCUCCAUGGAUGAGGGCGAUGGGCCGGGCAGUGAAGCUGAGCUGAUGGACGAUUGUCCUCAGGUUCCUGCUUCCAUAGCCGAGAGGUACAAGGUGGGACGAAUCAUUGGCGAUGGGAACUUCGCUGUGGUCCGAGAGUGUAUGGAGAGAUCCACAGGCCGAGAGUACGCUCUGAAGAUCAUUAACAAGAGCAAAUGCAGAGGGAAGGAACACAUGAUCCAGAAUGAGGUGUCCAUUCUUCGGAGAGUGAAACAUCCUAAUAUUGUUCUGCUGAUUGAAGAAAUGGACACAUAUAGUGAACUCUACCUGGUCAUGGAACUUGUCAAGGGUGGCGACCUCUUUGAUGCCAUCACUUCCUCCAACAAAUACACAGAGCGGGACGCCAGCGGGAUGCUGUAUAACCUCGCCAGCGCUAUCAAAUAUCUGCACAGCCAUAACAUUGUUCACCGUGACAUCAAACCUGAGAAUCUUCUGGUCUAUGAGCACCAGGAUGGAAGCAAAUCCCUGAAACUGGGGGAUUUCGGAUUGGCAACAGUUGUGGACGGACCACUUUACACUAUAUGUGGCACCCCAACCUAUGUAGCUCCAGAGAUCGUUGCAGAGAUGGGGUAUGGAUUGAAAGUUGAUAUCUGGGCGACCGGGGUCAUAACAUACAUAUUGCUUUGUGGCUUCCCUCCUUUCCGUGGGAGCACAGAUGACCAGGAAGCUCUUUUAGACCAGAUUCUGAUGGGACAGCUGGAUUUCCCUCUUCCAUACUGGGACAAUGUAUCUGACUCUGCAAAGGCACUUAUUACCUGCAUGCUACAGGUGGAGGUCGACCAGAGAUACACAGCUCUGCAGGUGUUAGACCAUCCCUGGGUCAAUGAUGACAGGAUGUGUGAGAAUCAGCACCAGCUGUCUGUGGCCAGCAAGAUUAAGAAACAUUUCAACGUGGGCCCCAAACCCAACAACACCACAGCAGGAGUCACUGUGUUAGCGACCACCCCUCUUGAUAAGGAGAGGCAGGUUUUCAGACGAAGACGCCACCAGGAUGUGAAAGCGGCUGCUCCCCGCAGCACCACCGCCGAGUUCACCUCAGAGUCAGAAGACAUUUCCCCAAGCUCGGCCGAGACGGUCCGCUCUCCCACAUCGCCGUUUUAAGACCAAACCCUGGUCUUGGCAGGAAUCAAUGGAAAAUUAUCUAGAAAUAAGGGAAAAUUAACUUGUGAAUCACAAAUGAUAACAGUUUUUGAAUACGAAUGCUUGUCACGAAGAGCAGAUGAGGUUUUGCGAGGGGCGCAAAAAUAAUAUCACACUCUUAGCAGUUUUUAACAUCCGAAAUGAGAAGCCCUUGCCAUUGUUUAAGAGUUUUCUCUUCAUCAUUACAUUUGUUGCUAUGAGGUUUUGUUUUGUCAGUAACCCGCCUCUCUUUUGCGCGUUCUAGUGUUCGAUAGAAAGUAAUGCAGCCAAACCUCCCACUCUGUUUCAACUGAUCACACACAUGCCGUCUAAUACCUAGAAUAAACAGGCGAUGUCUUAGCUUUUUUUUUUUUUUCAGUGACCAAGUCUUUUACUCGUUUUUACCUUUUGUAUGAACUUUAUAUAUUAAAAAAUUUUUAGGUUUGAACAUUUAUUUCAAACUGAUAUCUUAUAUUUACAUAUUUCAGCACUUUCUUUGAGAAACAUGUUUUCUGUCUGUUGGUUAGACAUUAGAAUGUUCUUUCUAAAAAUGGGUGAAAUGUCUGAAUAGUUGAAGCUCUUUUUCGAUGUAUGUGGCUGUAGAAAAGCUUGUUUGAACUUAAUGCAAUGCAUGUGAUGGGUGCUGAUGAAUGCUGCUGCUAUGAUCUCUGCUCUGUAAGUUCAGUUCUGUCAGUACCACUUGUCAUGAAGAUCGUACAGCUACUUCCCAGAAUUUGAAUUCCUUCUCAGAAUGUUAAUUUUACGUUGACGAGAGAACCGAAUGUACGGUUAUUGUUUUAUUUUAAAAAGUAGGCUAGCAUAACGGAAAACUUAGACGCACUAAAUGUCCACUACUGAUUUUAAAGGGUAACUUACACUUGGACUAAAAUUGUGCAUAUUUAUCUUUUUUGAGUGGAAUGUAAUAUUUAGAUAGAUUUGCAUUCAGCAGUGUAAUGUCUAAACAAAAAGUAAAUUUGAAUUUCAAUGUAUGUUGUUAUUUUUGUCAAACGAUUGCCAAAUGUGACACGACAGAAUGAUGACUUUUCCACCAUGAAUAUGGACUAAAGAAUAAUAAUGAAAAAGGUAAUUGUGACUUUUCAUCUUACAAUUCUGACUUUUUUCUUAAAAUAAAAGUCAAAAUUGCAAGAUAUAUACUCAGAAUUGUGGGGGGAGAUAAA